AUGGCCAUGAUGGUCCAAGAUGCUUCUGCCCACGGCCGUCUGCUCGUGCCUCCGCACCGCGGCUACAUAGGCAAACUUCCGCAAUUCAAUGGCCUUGUUCCCAUCAACUUCGGCGACCACGGCCUCAGCGCUGGUGGCAUUGGCCAAACCAGAGGCGGCAAACACGGGAUCUGCGGCGACAGGUACUCUGGAAAGCGCUUGCACGAGACUGGUGGUGAAUUCGCCAAGUUCCCCCAACUUCGCGAAAAGGUCAUCGGGGCCUGCUACGCCCCCGGGUCCACAAUGGACCUUCAAGUCCAACUCACGGCCAACCACAUGGGGUACUUUGAGUUUGGGCUAUGCAAACUGAACUCGCUCAACGACAAGGAAACGGAAGAUUGCUUCAAAACGCUUGUCCAGCCCAACGGCGAAAAGGACUGGAAAUUGCCAGCGGGGAACAAGGUCUUCAACAUGCAGUACAUGCUCCCCGAUGGCGUGUCGUGCGACGGCGACUCCCACUGUGUGCUUCGGUGGCACUACGUCGGAUGGAACAACCCGGAUGUGGAAUCCACAACCAUUAAUUACUAA